AUGGCGGAAGCGGAGGCCAAGAUGAAGCAGUUCAAUGGCGGCGGCGGGGCUGGGCUGGAUGCUGAGCGCGGCCGCUUCCCUUACUGCGUGGUGUGGACCCCGAUCCCCGUCCUGACGUGGCUGUUCCCCAUCAUCGGGCACAUGGGGAUCUGCACCUCCGGCGGCGUCAUCCGGGACUUCGCGGGGCCCUACUUCGUCUCGGAAGACAACAUGGCCUUUGGGAAGCCAGUGAAGUACUGGAAGCUGGAUCCCGGCAAGGUUUACUGCCCUGGAGCCAACGCCUGGGACACGGCGGUGCACGACGCCUCCGAGGAGUACAAGCACCGCAUGCACAACCUUUGCUGUGAUAAUUGCCACUCCCACGUGGCUCUGGCCUUGAACCUGAUGAGAUAUGACAACAGCACCUCCUGGAACAUGGUGAAGCUCUGCUUCUGCUCCCUGCUCUAUGGGAAGUAUGUAAGCAUAGGAGGGUUUGUGAAGACCUGGCUGCCCUUUGUGCUCUUGCUGGGGGUGAUCGUGACUCUGGUCCUCACGCUGCACCUGCGGUGAUGGCAGCUCUGAGCUCCCUGAGAGCCUGGGACUGAGCCAGCCAGCUGGAGACAGGGCACUGCCAGGUGGUGCCUGGGCAAGGUGGCAACUCCACUCUAUUGUAGCAGCUCAUCUUUGUUUCCUGGAAGUGGCUUCUUUUCCUUCUGUUCCUGUUCUGUCAGUGGUGUCUCCCUGUGGCAGGGCUCCUGCAGCCUCCUGCUCACUCCCUGAGCACUUCCCUUUCCUGCAGGCUGGGGGGAAGGAGAGGAAAGAGCCUUUGCUGUCAGUGCUGAGUAAAGAGCCACAGGGCAAUCCCUGCCUCCUGCUUCAGGAGGUGAGCAGAGACCUGGUGAGGUUCUCUCUGAUGUCUGCUCUCUUCUCCUGGCAGGCUCCAGCAGCUGCUGCCUCAGCUCUCCAGGCAGAAGUUGUUUCCCUGCCACACGU